UCGUCCGGCUCGUUCCACGCCGGCGCCCCCAUUCCCAAUAUCGCAUCCCUGAGACGCCCCUCGAUUCCGCGAUACCAAACAUUCCCGACGCCUCCUCCUAAACCUCCGGCCUCGUCCUCUGACGCUUCCAGCGAUCGCUUCACCUCGGCCAUCGAAUCCGACUCUUCGUCCACCUCGUCCUCCCGCGAUCACGAUGAGACGCCUCUGCCCGUGCGCCAGCUGCUGCUCCUGGCCUUUCUCUCGCUGGCCGAGCAGACAGCGCUCAACUCAAUAGGACCAUAUUUGCCCGAGAUGGUGGCGUCCAUGCCAGGCAUACCCGAGGAAGAAAGCGGCAUGUAUGUUGGGCUGCUGGCCAGCGCCUUUGCCCUGGCGCAGCUCUCCACCAACUUCCUCUGGGGAUACAUGUCCGACGUCGUCGGCCGAAAGCCAGUGUUGCUUGCCGGGACCUUUUCACUCAUGUGCUGCUUUUGCGCCUUUGGCUUUUGCAAGCAGUAUUGGCAGAUCAUCUUGGUUCAUGCCGCCAUGGGUCUGCUGAAUGGCAAUGCGGCCUGUGUACCGACUGUUCUGGGCGAAGUGACGGAUCGAUCCAACCAGAGCAAAGCAUUUACAUAUCUUCCCGUUAUUUAUUCUCUUGGAGGACUUACGGGCCCUGCGCUGGGAGGAAUUCUAGUCGGACGCAUGGGCAAAGAAUUCCCCUACCUCGGGCCCAACGUCCUCAGCGCCGCUGUUCUUGCGUUGGCUGUUAUUGUGGUGGGCAUCUGGUUUGAGGAAACGCUGGAAGAUGUCGAUGAUGAUCCAUGGAAGCCAACAUGGGCUACCCGGCUCUCCGCUCGCAUUUCAAACAUCUUUAGCCGAACUCCACGACGAGAAUCGUGGAGCACCAGAUGGCCUCGUCCCCAAGCGGCCUCUCAAACACAGCCCUUGUUGUCUCCAAGUUCUGACGAAGCAGCCUCUGAUGAUAAUGACGGCAGCCCGGAUGACGACGAGGCACUUGAGAUAUCAAAACCAGCGGGCGGCAACAAUCAUAAAGAGCCCAAGCCCUGGCGCGAGCUUCUUAAUCGCACUACAAUGACUCUCUUGGUUACGUAUCUAAUAUUCCAGUUGGCCAAUAUUAGCUUUAACAGCUUGUACCCUAUUUUCGCAGCCUCGCCGUCUCCAGCGGGCCGUGAUCUCAAUCCCGGCAAGAUUGGCGUCAGCUUGAGUUUCGCAGGGCUGAUUACCAUUCUCUUUCAAGCAUUUCUCUUCCAGUCGCUCAAGAGCCGAUUUGGAAACUUGGGGACAUACCGCUUCGCCCUGUUUGGUCUAGCCAUCAGCAUGAUCGCCAUGCCCUGGGUUGGUUAUGCUGAUGACAAGCCCCUGUUCGGUCUGGGAACCGGAACUAUGUGGUUGUAUAUUGAGCUUGGUGUUGUAUUAAUUUUGAAGACCAUCUGUGCCGUGGGUGGACUGUCGUGCGUAAUGCUUCUAAUAACCAACUCGGCGCCCUCCCACGCUAGUCUGGGAACCCUGAACGGAGUAGCCCAGACGCUCUCCGCCCUGGGCCGCAGCAUUGGUCCUUUUGCUUCGGGUAGUCUGUUUACGCUAUCCAUGGGAAUUCAACCCAAGGGCGAGGUUCUUGCGUGGAGUUUGUUUGGCGGCCUGGCUCUUUUAGGCUGUAUUGGGUCUAUGUUUAUUCGAGGUGAUGGGCUCGAGAGUGAUGACUGGUAUAAUGGGGAGGACGAG